UCUUAUUGGGUAUGGCUGGAAACUCCCCCAAGCUGCAGAGUUUAAACAGCCCUGGGGAACCUGCCUGUGCUGGGUGGAGUCUGUGUUAAGGUCAGAAGUAUCUUUCAGGGAACCAGGAGCUCAGGAACAUGUCAGGGAAGCCCAGGCUUACCUACUUGAAUGGAAGGGGCCGGAUGGAGUCCAUACGAUGGCUGUUGGCAGCAGCUGGUGUGGAGUUUGAAGAAGUUUAUUUGGAAACAAAAGAGCAGUAUGACAAGUUAAUUAAAGAUGGAUUCCUGCUCUUCCAGCAAGUGCCCCUGGUUGAGAUCGAUGGGAUGAAGAUGGUGCAGACCAGGGCCAUCAUGAGCUACAUAGCAGGGAAAUACAAUCUCUAUGGGAAAGACUUGAAGGAGAGAGCCCUGAUUGAUAUGUAUGUGGAGGGAAUAUCAGAUCUGAUGCAAAUGAUUUUGGUGUUUCCUUUCUCUCCACCUGAUGCAAAGGAGAAAAAUCUUGAGUCAAUUAAGGAGAGAGCAACUAACAGGUACUUUCCAGUCUUUGAAAAGGUUUUGAAACAACAUGGCCAAGACUUUCUUGUGGGCAACAAAUUCAGCUGGGCAGAUGUUCAGCUUAUAGAAGCCAUCUUAGCAGUGGAGGAGAAAGUUCCUGAUGUGCUCUCAGGGUUUCCUCAGUUGCAGGUGUUUAAAACAAAAAUGAGCAAUAUACCUACAAUUAAGAAGUUCCUGCAGCCUGGCAGCCCAAGGAAACCCCCACCAGAUGCCCAUUAUGUAGAAACUGUGUUGAAGGUUUUUAAGAAAUAAAAGCCUUGCUACCUUUGGCAAGACCCAAAAUGCUGGGAGAGUGGGGAAAGCAGAGCAGCAACCCCAAUCCUUAAACCAAAGGAGAAGAAAGCUCAGCAAAUUAGUGUUGUUUUAGUUAAAACCAGUGCUAGAGGAACAAAGCAACCCAUACCAGAAAUAAAUCAUUCUGUUACACUGG